AUUUGAUGCUUGACCUGUCGCGACGUCAGGUUUAAGAUUCAGGUUGGUCCUAUUUUUUAUGAUAUGUGGAAUGUGUAUAGAGAAAACUGUUUAUUUUAUUAAUUUAUUUAUCGAUUUUAACAAUAAGUUGAUACCUUUUUAUUACAUAUAAAGUAUGUAAAUAUAUUACAUAAUGGCAUUUUUAUGCCCUGUUCGCAUCAGACGUGGUAAAAAGAAAAAAUCUUCAAAUGCGGAUCUGGAAAAAGAACUUGCUAGAUCUAACAAUGGUGUUACACCAGGCAUGGGAAGAAUUACUGGUUCUGCAAGCAUUGAAACACUUGUUAGAGUCGGUAUUGAAAAAGAACAUGGCUUAUCUCCUGACAGUAAAAUGGUGGUAUUACAUGAUUUCACCCCGUGUGUUGAUGAUGAAUUGGAAGUAAAAAGAGGACAGAUUGUGAAUAUUUUAUACAGGGAAAAUGAUUGGGUAUAUGUAAUAGGCCUUGAUACUAGACAAGAAGGGUUUAUUCCAUACUCUUACUGCACACCUUACAACAAUCAUUUGGCCGAACUUGCAAUUAAGAAAAAACUGCCAAGGGAUGAACAUGUAGCAUCAGGAGAUAGUUUAGAUACAAAUCAAGACUGUGAUGUUGCCGGUGCAGAUACUAGUGACUGUGACUCUGUGGGGAAGAAGCUCAGAACAGGAGCUGCUUCACCUAUCAGUAUUCAUUCCGAACCAGAUAUGAUACCUUUUUCAAAAGAUCCAUCAGGUCGAUACAUUGUACUUUAUACUUUUAUAGCUAGAGAUGAGAAUGAUGUAUCUGUGGAAAGAGGUGAAUUUGUAACUGUGUUGAAUAGAGAAGAUCCUGAUUGGUAUUGGAUAGUAAGAAGUGAUGGUCAAGAAGGAUUUAUCCCUUCAGGUUUUGUUUAUCCUGCUGAUAAUGUGAUACAAGGUCACUUGAGUUCUACAAAUCAAACGGGUAACGGUGCAUUUCCGAAUCAAAAUAACAAUCAUUCGUUGGCGACGUCUACUGCGGAUGAUCUUCGUUAUCAUGGUACGGAAUUGGUGAUGCUUUACGAUUAUAAAGCGCAAGCUCCUGACGAUUUGACCGUUCGAAGAGGUGAUUGGAUAUAUGCGGAUCUCAAUAAUCAAACAGUAGAUGGUUGGCUGUGGGCGUAUGCACCUAAAACUAGGAAAUACGGUUUCAUUCCUAAAGCAUAUGCCAGACCUCCAGCUAUGACAAGCCUUUAAUUGCCAUAGAAAUGCUCAUUUUUUUUUAAAUUUUUUUAUAAAGUAUAUUUUUUAAUCAUAUUUUUGUAAAAAGUAUUAUAUACCAAAUAAAAAGUUUUAUAAUAA